AUGUUUGCCAUUGGGAACGGCACUGACACUCCAGGGAUGAACCAGAAGUUGCUACCGUGGUUAAAGGCGAGGAAGGGCAGCAGGUUUGGCAUCAUUACCCUUGUCAGCUUUCUUCUCGCUGUGUUUUUUAAAUUGCUCGACUUCUACGAUGCCGUUCCGGGGCUCGUGGAGGCUGUUAUUGGCCUUUGA